GCGUCCUACGGGCGGGAGGAGAUUAACCGCUACUGGGCGCAGGCACAGCUUCUUGGCCUCUCCCCACAUUGCUGCUGCGAUUACAAUCCGCGUAGUGUGCAUGUGAUCGUAAGAACGUAAACUCUACGCGAUCCGUGAUCUGCGCACGUAUAUUGGUGGGAUUCCUGAGCCCCUCAGCGGUUUCGCCUGCUGGCUUUUGGAAUAUUGGUGAGUCUAUUAUCAAGCCACGCAACCGGUCCCUGUCUGUGCGCGCUCAGUAGGGCAGGCGACCGCCGGCAAAAGUGUGGGUUUUGAUAAUCUUGCGGGUAUUUUUUUGCGUGUGUGUCGGAUUAAAAUUCUGCGUACCACCAGCCAGUGCCGUGAGGCCGUAAAGCCGCGUUCGGAAGUUAGUUGUACGGUACACAAUGAGGUGGUUAGUUUGUUUGAUCGUGUCCUGGUGCUCGCUGGUGCCGUUGGGGGCUACCGUAGGUCAGUCGCUCAACAGUGGCGAUCCGUGCCAAACACCGUCCGGGACGGCCGGGACCUGUGAGCCGGUGAAAAACUGUUCGUACGUGCGGAAGAUUCUCAAGAGUCCGGACUUUUCGCACUACGACACGACCUAUCUGGAUACGCUCAAGUGUGGCGAUUUGAUGGUGCCUAUGCGCAAAAAGCCAAUUCCACUGCUGUGCUGUCCAAAGUUUAGCAAUUCACCUACGUGCGGCGCUCAGCAGCUGGCGGAUCGGAUCUACUUCGGCGAGGAAACGGAGCGAGGCGCACAUCCUUGGGCGGCGCUGCUGUUUUACAAUGUCGGCCGGAAUCGAACCGUGCCCAAGUGCGGUGGUGCGCUCAUUUCCGAGCGAUACGUGAUAACGGCUGCACACUGCACCGUGGACAAACCGAACUGGAAGCUGCUUUACGUGCGGUUCAACGAGUUCAACACAAGCAGUGCGGAUAAUUGCACCACGGAGAACGAUGAGGUCAUCUGCCGGGAGGAUUACGCGGUGGAAUCGAUCGUACCGCACCCCGAGUACGACAUGCACAACAUUUCCCGUCCGAACGAUAUCUGUAUCCUGCGGCUCGCCAGCGAUGUCACGUUCAAUGACUACGUGCGGCCAAUUUGUUUGCCCUUCGAUCCGGACGUUCAGCAGCUCCCGAUUGUGGAUGAAAUCUUCACCGUCACCGGUUGGGGUGAAACCGAAGACCGAAGACCCAGCGAUACACAGAAGCACGUGGAGCUGCCCGGGCUGGAGCACGAGGCGUGCAAUUCGGUGUACGCGGUGGCCAACGUAACCCUGUCGGACAAGCAGCUGUGCAUCGGUGGGCUAAAUGGUUCCGAUUCCUGCCGGGGAGACUCCGGUGGACCGCUGAUGCGGGAAGUUCGCGGUGGUUGGUUUCUAAUCGGUGUCGUUAGCUUCGGGGCCCGGUUUUGCGGUACGCAGAACUUGCCGGGAGUGUACACGAAUGUGGCGAAAUAUUUAGACUGGAUGGAGACGGUUAUGUUUGUGGAGCGAUAUUUGUAAACCGUGAUAGUCAAUAAAGUAUGAUAUGCUUUCUACAAUGUGGA